AUGGCUGGAAGAUGGUCAGCCCCAGCAGAGGUCGGGCGUUUGGACUCGGUGGUCGCGGUGCGGCAAGCCAGGCUUUCCCUGGACGGUGCCAGGGUCGGCUUUCGCACCCAGGGCGUCCAGCUUCGCGCAGGCGUCACCUCGGUGAUUCUGACGGAUGAUGUACCAACAGGGAGGGCAUUCUCCCAAGAGAACCUGCAAAUCGAGCCGAGCAAUGUGCAGACGUGGACCGCCACGUCUGCUCUCAUCAUUGCCGAGGUCGUAGGAACCGGAGUUCUUGCGCUUGGCGGUCAAAUGGCAACUGUCGGCUUGGUUUUUGGCUUGGCUGUGCUAGUGGCAUGCUACCCGCUCAACCUUUUCACUGCUCUGCUUCUGUGGCAGGUGCACGAAAAGCUUCCCCAUGUGGUUACACUUGGUGAUGCACUGGCAGUUCUGGUGGGUCCCCGAACUGGAAGGUACGGCUACUUUGUUCUGUACACGUACAUCUUCAUGACCAUGGCCAACUACAUGAUUGUCCUUGGAGAUGCAGUGAGGUCUUGCUUGUAUGCAGUAGAAGUUUCUCGACCAACAGCAUGUUUUCUUGGCGCCCUGCUUCUCCUGCCUCUGAACCAGUUUCGAACCCUAUCCGGUCUCUCCAUACUGAGCCUGAUAUCCUUCGCCACCGUGUUGGCAACCUUGGUGUUCUGCCUUUGGACCUUGCUGACGACACCAACAUGUGAGGAGGGAGGUGAAGGAGGCGACAGCUACACGCAGUACAGCUCGGCCAUCUCGGGCUUUGUUUUUGCAUUCGCAGGGCAGCAUAUUAUGCUGGAAAUGCAAGUUGAGAUGAAGGAGCCCGCCGACUUUCCCAAAGCAGUCUGUUUGGCUUUCUCUGUUCUUUUUGUUGUCUACAUGGUGGUCUGUAUACUUGCAUUCCGCGCCUGUGCGGAGAACACUCCUGGCAACAUCCUGCUGGUCCUACCCUCUGAUUGGCGGAAAGGCACCUGCGGUGCCUUGAUGGUCAUUCACCUACUUGUAACCUACACCAUAUCGCAGCAGGUGCUCAACAGAGCUGUCUGCCUGUUCCUUAUGCCCUCGGCACUGGGCGUGGGGGGCUCUGCCCGAGCAAAAUGGUUUGGGAUUACAACCGCCUUCAUGAUGGCGUGCUGCCUAGUGGCUAACUUGGUUCCGCUCUUCCAGGACUUCGUGAACUUGACAGGUGCUCUGCUUUCGACGCAGUGUGUCUUCAUCUUGCCUGGAGUAUUAUCAGCCGUUUCUCAGGAGAGGCAAUGGCUACGUGCAUGCUCAUGGUGCACCGUAGUCUUUGGACUCUACUUGGCUGUUUCGGGCACAAUCUGCAGCACUGCGGUGAUUCUGCGCAAGCUUGUGACGCUUUGCGCGAGAUGCUUCAUGCCGAUUGGGGAGACGGCCUACGAGGGGAAGGCCAAGAGCACGUGCGUCCACCCCGAGUGUUGUGCACAGGUGAUGAUUGAGGAGAUGCAGGAUCAAGAAGCCGGCUUCCUGCAGGAGCAGCGUGAGAAGAAGCAGAAGAACCGUGCAGAGCACGACAUUGGCUGGUCGAUGUCGCUCGUCCCUUCCAGUGCACCGCUGGCGGAGCAGCUGGGCUUCGGCGAGCUUAGGGGCCUGACGUGCCUCGUCUGGGACGAGGCGGCCCGCACCGUGCGUGCGGCGCCAACGGCGGAGCCGGCGGCGGCCGUGAACUUGGAGUACCUUGCGCUGGCUCUCAAGGUGCGUCGGGAGUCACGCCGGGAGCCCCUUUUCUCGCUGGAUCCCGUGGAUCCCAAGAACGUGGAGACCACAACGCAGAAGAAGCGCUUUGAGCCCGAGUGGCUUGCAGGGACCAGCGUUGGGGACGUGAUGUUCCAGGCCGACUAUUUCCUGAAGGAGCUAGCUCUGGGAGAAUACACGAUGCCCGUUGUGGGCAUGCUCAGCGUCUUCGACUGGUCCGAGGCCAUGGGGAUGCAGGAUCAGCCUUGGGCCGGGCGUGAGUGGUUCGUUGUGAAGAAGGCUGAAGUCCACAUGGCCGCCGACAAGACACUGGUGCCCUGCGUGAAGAUGGGCGUGGAGGCGAGAGAGCAAGUGGUAACGGAUGACGGGCUGAAGGAUGUGGCCAUCACGAGCCCCACGCACCCUCUCCGACGCUUCGCAGAUGCCUUCACGCGUAACUUCGACCUCAUUGCAGAGAGGAAGUCCGUGAUCUUCCACCUCCGCGAGCUGGCGAAGGCGUCCGUGAUCGCCAAAUUCCUCGUGGACACUGGAGCUCGCAUCGAUGAAGGCUGGGCGACCGCGGCGGACGAGAUCGUGGCGAAUACGGCCCCUGAGCUCCAUCCGGAGAUCCCGCAGCUCUGGAACAUGAGGGGAUUAUCUCGCAUACGCCUGGAGCAUGGCAAGAUUGUGGACAUGGAGACAGGGUGCGUGUCGAACCUUCAUGCCAUCUAUGGCGGCGUUGAGUUCGGCUUGGAUCGGUUCGAGCUGGCGCAGCGCCAUGCGCUUCGACCCGGUGUGCCGGGGGUCUCCAUGCAGCAGGCGGGCUUGCAAGGCAUGCAGCUUGGCCCUUCUGGGCGCCCUAUGUUUAUGCCGCAGCGGUUCCAGCUGACUCAGCGCGGUGAGAUGCCCCAGGGCGUCGAUCUGGACCUCGAGAAGUUCAACCUCUCUGAGGUGGAAUCCUUUGCAUCGCUGCCAAAAUUGAGCUGCGAGUCUAACUCCGUAGAGGCAAGAGCCACCUCCGGCAAGGCCUUCCUGCAGAGCUUGCGCGAGGGCACGUACCGCACGAUCAAGGAGGAGGACCUGCGCCUCCUUCGGUGCAUGUUUAACCCCACGAUGGCCGACCGUCUCGAGGAGGGGGACGCCUUCAUCCCGCCGAACCCCAGUCUCUCUUAUGUUUCAAAGAUGCGGAGCCUGAUCAGUGAGGAACAGGCUCUCUUCAAGAAGAGGAAGGUCAGCUUCUGCGAUCGCUCGUUCGUGCCUGGCAACGCUGGCUCCGACUUCCCGCGCUCGUGGACCUCGGGCUUCAAGGUCGACAACGGCUGCUCCCCGGCAGCCUUGCAGGCGAUGAAGUCGGCGCUGGUGGAGCUCCAGGUCGAUGGAACCUUCCAGCAGGCGCUGUUGAACGACAUCCUGCCCACGGCUGCGCCAGAGUUCAACAAGACCACGGAGGAUGGGGCUACCUUCCGCAUCUACCGUCUUGGCAACUUGGAAGUACGCACCAUCCAGGAGCUUGGUGGGCCAGAGACUGUCGGUGUCGUCUUCUCCCUGCGCGCACCCUCCUGGAACCUGUCGAGUCGAGCAGGCAAGCCUGUGCGUGACGAGGAGAAGGUCGCGCGCGGGCAGAUUUAUGUCGAGGCCCUGGAUGCCGAGUCCGCACGCCAGCUCGACGGGAAAUGGUCCAGCAAGCGGCUGGACUACUGCCACUUCUACGUCGUCCUCGAGACGCAGGAUGGCAACGUCCUGGUGUGCGAGAAGUUUCCGGACGGCAGCACCAUUAUGGCCGUGAAUCCUCAAGGCGUGCAGGAUCGUAACUCCAUGGCAAAACUUCUUGCCUCCGCUGACGAGUGCGAGGCCAUGGAGGUGACGGUCGGCAAGGUGAAGCUGGUUCAGAUCAACCACCACCAUAAGGUGGCUGAGGGCGCCACGCCCUCCGUGCGCAAGCGCUUUGCCAAGGCUGUCUUCUCUAUGCUUCGGCGGCAGGCUGCGCCAAGGCGCGACCGAAGGCCCUACACGCGAAGGCCCAUCACCGGCGAGGGAUCCGUGCCCUGA